AACGGAUAGAUACACGCAGUCACAACGAUUCGUCAUCAGUGUCAGUUGAAAAGUUGAAAUACCUAUUAAACCCGAUUUAACUGAACACAUUAUAUUGGAAUGAAAAUGAAAUUUCAAAGUCAAUAAACAUAAUGAAUAACAUGAAUAUAAAUACUGUCUAUUACUGAUGUGGUUCAGUUAUUAAAGUGUGUUUAACAUGAUGGACGUGAUUUAAUCACCGGAUGGAGGUACGGAUAUUUUUUUCUUGGUGCACGUAGCAGAAAAGGAUGGACUGAAGUUUCUCAUAUAAACUAACACAAUGAGUGUCUCGCCGCUGAAUCAUUUGACCGGAAGCACUAUAGAGUUACUGAUCAGUUGUACCGGACUGGCGGACCUUGAUGAAUUCACCAAGUCAGACCCGAUGUGUGUACUCUUCUUUAAACAGUUUGGCCAGUGGAAGGAAUUUGGUCGUACGGAAGCAAUUAGAGACACUCUAAAUCCCAGAUUUGUUGAAUCAUUUAUGCUAGAAUUUGACCCAGCUCUACAACAGACUUUAAUGUUUCGAGUCUACGACAUUGACAACAGGACAACAGAUCUGAAACACCACGACUACGUUGGUUCAGUGGAAAUGACUUUAACAGACCUUCUUGAUCCUACGAAGAAUGUGUGUACAUCCUGUAAAACUCUCCGAGUUCCAGGUGAUCCGAGAGCCCGCGGUAUUAUCAGUAUCACGUCCGAGGUUGUGAGGGAGUCUCGGGACAAAGUCUCGCUGCACGUUGGAGGACAAAAACUCGGCAAAACCGGCAAGAUAUUAUCUUCAAAGCCUAAUGUGUAUCUAGAAAUAUCAAGAAGUAUAGACAACAUUGCUUUUCAUCCAGUCCAUCGAACAGAGACUUUAUACAAAACACAAAAUCCAAGAUGGCGGCCAUUCGAGGUAGGCCUACAGAGACUGUGUAAUGGAGACUGGGACAGGCAGCUAGAGUUCUCGGUUUGGCGUCACAGUGGCACUGGAGACUAUAAGAUGCUGGGUCGAAAAGUUACCACACUCAGAGAAUUGAAAAUAUUAAAAACGAGCGGACAUUAUCAAGAAGUUAGUCUUGCACCAAGAAAGAAAGACAAACAUAAAAGUAGUGUGAAAAUUGCAGUGUGCGGUUAUCUACGUUUUUAUAGUAUUCGAAUAGAUUGCCAGUACUCACUGAUGGACUAUACCCGUGGAGGGCUGAAACUCAACCUGACAAUAGCAAUAGAUUUUACGUCUUCAAAUGGCAAACCGAGUGAAAAGUUGUCCUUACACGACAUAUCAUCUGACAAGGGAAACCAGUAUACUGAUGUAAUAGAAAGUCUUGGGACACUGAUAUUAAACUGUAACCGGGAGCAGAAACUGGCAUUGUUUGGUUUUGGGGCCAGGGUCGACAACUCUAAUAAAGUAUCACAUUGCUUCCCUUUAUCGAACGACUGGGAUAAUGUCCACGUCAAUGGGAUUUUUAGUGCAAUAAAUCUAUAUAAAAAUGCUGUAAAGAAGAUACGGUUUGCCGGUCCCUCGAAGCUAAAACCCAUGCUGGCCAUGGCAGAAUCGAUGGCUGUUCGAGAACCGAGCCAGGACAGCCAAGCUUACCACGUUCUUAUCAUUGUAACGGACGGGAUAAUAAACGAUUUUGAUGAUGUAAUGGAACGCCUUAUAUCCAUCAGCCAUCUACCUCUUUCUGUCAUCUUCGUCGGCGUCGGCCCGGCGGAUUUCUAUUUAAUGGAAAUGUUUAGUCAUCAUAAGGUUGGACUACUGACCUGUCAGGAAACAAAGAUGUGUUCAACAAGAAAACAUACACAUUUUGUAUCUUUCCGUCGGGACUCUCAACAGUCCGUCGGUUCUGACGUGCAGGCGCGGGACGCUUUUGCCGUGAUUUCUGCCCAGGUUACAGAGUAUAUGAAGAACAAGAAUAUCACACCAAACAAACCAAGCCUUUUACUUACAGAAUCUCUCAAAUCUGAAGAACUUUUGCAAGAGUUUAAAGAAGAAAGUGAUACAGUUUCUAUGCGAUCUUUCGGCUCAGAGAGACAUAAUAUAUCUAGAGCCAGUAGUUAUGGUAGUUUGUCUCGGAUAAUGUCAUGUAUCACUGGACCUAAGUGUCCCACAUGUGGGUCCACACUCAAACCUGGAACAUCGUUAUUCUCGGGAAUCACCAAUAUAGGGUGAAACAAAGUUGACUUCUUGUUUAAAUUCGUCCAAAUUUUUUUAUUUUUUGGUUUUACCGGUUCUCAAAGGGCCAAAAACAUAAAAACCACAUGCAGCCGGGAGAGUAGAAGAAUUCCAUAUGAAAAGAAGUCCGAGUAGAUAAAAAUAUUUUGUGAGAAAUUCAGUGAACAACUGAACCAAUCCGAGUAUAUUAUGUGAACAAAAAAAAAAAACAAAUGAUUGGAAGAACUCGGUGACGAAGAGGGGGAGUAAUGUAGCUAUUUCACUCUGAAAAAAAACUUUGGAGUGCCUGAACAGAAGAACCGGACAUAGAUGGUUUAUACUUAUGAAAUACUACAUUUGUAUAUAUUUCCAUCUUAAUGGCAAAUUACGCAACAAACAAUGAUUUUGUUAAGCAAUAUUAUCGAUGCAGGCAUCGUGUUGCAAAAGUAUUUACCAUUUUUUCAAACAGUAUAAUAAAAACAUUUGCUUACUUUA